AUGAUUCAUAUUUCUCAAAUGAUUAAAGACAAACAUUACCACUCAAGUUUGUUGCUACUUUUAAGUUCAAAUGAUGAAAAAGUUGAACAACUUCCUGUGAAAUGUUGCAAAAACUUCAUCUCUGAAAAUGAAUUUGUCUUAAACACUUGCAGACAUGAGGGAAGUAAUGAAAAAUUAACGUCAAACUGCAAAAGAAAAGAAGUAGGAUUAAAGCUGCGAGCAAAUAUUCAAAUUUUGAAAUGUUCUCGACACAGGCGAUCAGUAAAUUCGUGUUUUGAAUUGCUUUCACUUUCUUCUGGUCAGGAUACCGAGAGAACUGCAUUGAACAUUGCGAAGCUUAAAAGUUUUACAAUUAUUUCCGUCUUAAAAAUAAAAGGAAUGAAAUUCUUGCUCUACUUCAUUGCUUAUAAAUUGCUCACGGAUACGAACAAUUCUCGUGAAGUUCUCAUGAAAAGUUGGCCAUUGGCCCAAAGGCAACUUUGUUUCAAUUAUUUACAUUUUCAUUUAAUUCUAAACAACUUUCAUACCUUAGGAUUUGAUAUUGAACAUUAA